ACCGUAUUACCUAGGUCGCAUCAUCCAAAUAGCACCAAUGUAUUAUAUAUCGCUAUAUUUCUACAUAAUUUACGUUAAAUAUCUCGUAAAUGAUAUGUUUUACGACACAUCUGUUGUCAGCGCCUGUAAUAGCAAUUGGAUUCUCAAUGUAUUGUUUGUAUCCAACUAUAUCUCAUCCGAUCAGAUGUGCAUGUAUUGGUCCUGGUCCAUUCCCGUCCUUUUACAGUUAGUCCUCAUCGCGCCGGCAUUUACGAUUUUACUGAUCAAAAAUUCUCGAACGGGCCUAUGGGCAAUCAUUAUGGGACACAUUAUGUUCAUGGUCAUUGAGUUUUAUAAAUUUUACUCGAAUGGAUUCGUUAAGCAAUUCUCACUUGAUGAUUUUGCACCUAAUGACCAUCUGGUGGAAUUUGUGAAACCCCAUUCAGUGGCAAAUGUAAUGCACAUCAAGCCUUACCGGUACGGCUGCUACUAUCUGAAUGGCCUACUAUUAGGCUAUUUAAUGGAAACCACUUCAGAUAUGCGCAAAAUAUACGAUAAUAUUUAC